GCGCCCGCCUGUUGUAGCCAUGGCUGCUGCAGGCCCUGGUGUGGUGAGGCGAGUGGAGGAGCUCGGGGACCUGGCUCAGGCCCACAUACAGCAACUUAGUGAAGCUGCCGGUGAAGACGAUCACUUUUUAAUUCGGGCCUCUGCAGCAUUAGAAAAAUUGAAACUCCUGUGUGGAGAAGAGAAAGAAUGUUCAAAUCCAUCAAAUCUUCUAGAACUUUACACACAGGCUAUUUUGGACAUGACAUACUUUGAGGAGAACAAGCUAGUAGAUGAAGAUUUUCCUGAAGAUACUUCUUCACACAAAGUAAAAGAGCUGAUCAGUUUUCUUUCAGAACCAGAAAUUUUAGUUAAAGAAAAUAAUAUGCAUCCAAAACACUGUAAUUUGCUUGGGGAAGAGCUACUGGAAUGUCUUUCUUGGAGGCGAGGAGCUCUACUAUACAUGUAUUGUCAUUCUCUGACCAAAAGAAAAGAGUGGCUCUUGAGAAAAUCUACUUUGCUUAAAAAGUACCUUGUUGAUGGGAUCAGUUACUUGCUACAGAUGUUAAAUUAUCGAUGUCCUGUCCAGUUAAAUGAAGGAGUUUCUUUCCAAGACCUAGACACAGCUAAAUUACUGAGUGCAGGAAUAUUUAGUGACAUUCAUUUGCUGGCUAUGAUGUACUGUGGUGAAAUGUGUUACUGGGGAUUGAAGCAUUGUGCUGAUCAACAACCAGAAAAUUAUGAAGUGGAUACUGGUGUUUCUGGAGCAAGCUACCCUACACACAAAGAACUCUUGGAUUUCCAAGAAGUAGGAGAAAAAAUUCUGAAGAAGUAUGUGUCUGUGUGUGAAGGACCCCUGAAAGAACAAGAGUGGAAUACAACGAAUGCAAAACAAAUUUUAAACUUCUUUCAACAACACUGUAACUAGUAAAAGUUCAUCUAGUUCAAACAAAAAAACAGACAGACCCAGGAAAUGGAAAAGAAAGUUCCAAAAAAGAAGACAUUACACUGAAUUUGAGAACCUUACACUGCUUCAAGAUAUCAGCGUGGGUACCCUUCUUUAAAUGCCAUCACCAUGUUUCAUUAUAUCUUUGUAAACCUGUAAAGGACUGAUUCUAAAUGGCAUGUGUGUUAUUCUAACUACAUUCAAACUACAGGUGUCCUGUCACUAAUAAUGAAGAGUAACUCAAUUUAGCUUUGCAAAGUUUUUUUCUAUUACUUUAGAUUAUUUUUUAUUGUGGUAAAUAUAUAUAUAACAUAAAAUUUAUAAUUUUAACCAUUUUUAGAUUAUUUUUAAUUUUCUUAUCUUGAAGUUUGCCAUGAAGAUUUUUCAAAGAUUAAAGUCAAGUCACCUCACUGCUUUGGAUAUAUACCAUGGAUAUAAAUGUAAGUGAAAUGGAAGGUUAUGACUAAUAUUCAGAUUCCAUUUCCAAUAAGGUAAAUAAUGAAAAAUUCCACAAAGGAAUCAUUGUGUUCAAUUAUUUUGCCAUGUAUUACUAAUUGUUUUUAAAAUUUUUCUCUUUUAGGCAUUUUGUAAAAAUUUAAAAAUGGUUUUUCUAUUAUAUUUUUAAAACAUGCAUGACUCCUCAAAUGAGUACUGAAGAUAAAAAUCAAGUUAGGUUUGUCCACCAUUAAUUAGUUCAGUUAAUAUGGUUUUAAGGUACAUCUUUUCAUGUGGUAUUGAAAUUUUAACAUUUUUGCCUUUAUUGAUAGGGGCGAGUGUUAAAGGCCCAAGAACUAACUUGAUACCUUGUUAAUGGUCUUCCUGUCUACCUCAACUCCUGUUGUUAUCUUGGGAUGAUUCUUCUGAUAUCUUGCUGAUAUCCUGGACUUCUGCCCCAGGGACUUUGUCACAUUCCAGCAACUUACUCUCAUGGCCACACCUUGAAUGUCAUCAUAUUGAGUUUCUCUUUUCAAAAUCUUAAAUUUCAGUAACUCUUCAUCUUUUCAGCUUUUUCACUUCCAUAUAUAUAUUCCUAUAUAU